GCUGCGCUCCGCCCCGGCUGCAUUGCUGCGCUCCCGGUGCCCAGGGGAGCCACGCGCCGCGUGCGCCCCACAGCCGGCCGCCCGGAGGCAGCGCAGUCCUCUGGCAUGGGCCCCGGGGGCGCCCCGAGGUGGGGCUCCAGGCUGAGGCGCUAAAAGCCUCCCUCCCGCCCGCGGGGCCCCGCGCCCGGCCCGCCUGCCCGCGGCUAUGGCCGUCCGGCCCGGCCUGUGGCCAGCGCUCCUGGGCAUCGUCUUCGCCUCCUGGCUCGGCGGCUCGGGUGCCCAGCCGAGUGCCACGGUGGCCAACCCUGUGCCCAACCCCGUGCCCGGCGCCAACCCUGAGCUGCUCCCCCACUUCCUGGUGGAGCCAGAGGACGUGUACAUCGUCAAGAACAAGCCUGUGCUGUUGGUGUGCAAGGCCACGCCCGCCACGCAGAUCUUCUUCAAGUGCAACGGGGAGUGGGUGCGCCAGGUGGACCAUGCCAUCGAGCGGAGCACGGACAGCAGCAGCGGGCUGCCGGCCAUGGAAGUCCGCAUCAAUGUCUCGAGGCAGCAGGUGGAGAAGGUGUUCGGGCUGGAGGAGUACUGGUGCCAGUGCGUGGCGUGGAGCUCCUCGGGCACCACCAAGAGCCAGAAAGCCUACAUUCGCAUCGCCUAUUUACGCAAGAACUUCGAGCUGGAGCCGCUGGCCAAGGAGGUGUCCUUGGAGCAGGGCAUCGUGCUGCCCUGCCGCCCGCCGGAGGGCGUCCCCCCGGCCGAGGUGGAGUGGCUGCGGAACGAAGACCUGGUGGACCCAGCCCUGGACCCCAACGUGUACAUCACGCGGGAGCACAGCCUGGUGGUGCGGCAGGCCCGGCUGGCCGACACAGCCAACUACACCUGCGUGGCCAAGAACAUCGUGGCGCGCCGCCGCAGCGCCUCUGCGGCCGUCAUCGUCUACGUGAACGGUGGGUGGUCGACGUGGACCGAGUGGUCUGCCUGCAGCGCCAGCUGUGGGCGCGGCUGGCAGAAACGGAGCCGGAGCUGCACCAACCCGGCGCCUCUCAACGGGGGCGCCUUCUGUGAGGGGCAGAAUGUCCAGAAAACAGCCUGCGCCACCCUGUGCCCAGUGGAUGGCAGCUGGAGCCCAUGGAGCAAGUGGUCAGCUUGUGGGCUGGACUGUACUCACUGGCGGAGCCGUGAGUGCUCGGACCCAGCGCCCCGCAACGGAGGCGAGGAGUGCCAGGGCGCUGACCUGGACACCCGCAACUGCACCAGUGACCUCUGCGUGCACACUGCGUCGGGCCCUGAGGACGUGGCCCUCUACGUGGGCCUCAUUGCCGUGGCCGUGUGUCUCGUCCUGUUGCUGCUUGUCCUCAUCCUUGUUUACUGCCGUAAGAAAGAGGGGCUGGACUCGGACGUGGCUGACUCGUCCAUCCUUACCUCGGGCUUCCAGCCUGUCAGCAUCAAGCCCAGCAAAGCAGACAACCCCCACCUGCUCACCAUCCAGCCAGACCUCAGCACCACUACCACCACCUACCAGGGCAGCCUGUGUCCCCGGCAGGACGGGCCCAGCCCCAAGUUCCAGCUCACCAACGGGCACCUGCUCAGCCCCCUGUCGGGCGGCCGCCACACGUUGCACCACAGCUCGCCCACCGCUGAGGCCGAGGACUUCGUGUCCCGCCUGUCCACCCAGAACUACUUCCGCUCCCUGCCUAGAGGCACCAGCAACAUGGCCUACGGGACCUUCAACUUCCUCGGGGGGCGGCUGAUGAUCCCUAACACAGGAAUCAGCCUCCUCAUCCCCCCAGAUGCCAUCCCCCGGGGAAAGAUCUACGAGAUCUACCUCACGCUGCACAAGCCCGAGGAUGUGAGGUUGCCCCUAGCCGGCUGUCAGACCCUGCUGAGUCCCAUCGUUAGCUGCGGGCCCCCCGGAGUCCUGCUCACCCGACCUGUGAUCCUCGCCAUGGACCACUGCGGGGAGCCCAGCCCCGACAGCUGGAGCCUCCGCCUCAAAAAGCAGUCGUGCGAGGGCAGCUGGGAGGAUGUGCUGCACCUGGGCGAGGAGUCACCCUCCCACCUCUACUACUGCCAGCUGGAGGCCGGCGCCUGCUACGUCUUCACUGAGCAGCUGGGCCGCUUCGCCCUGGUGGGCGAGGCCCUCAGCGUGGCGGCGGCCAAGCGCCUCAAGCUGCUUCUGUUUGCCCCCGUGGCCUGCACCUCCCUUGAGUACAACAUCCGAGUCUACUGCCUACACGACACCCACGAUGCACUCAAGGAGGUGGUGCAGCUGGAGAAGCAGCUGGGCGGACAGCUGAUCCAGGAGCCCCGCCUCCUGCACUUCAAGGACAGCUACCACAACCUGCGCCUGUCUGUGCACGACGUGCCCAGCUCCCUGUGGAAGAGCAAGCUCCUGGUCAGCUACCAGGAGAUCCCCUUUUACCACAUCUGGAAUGGCACGCAACAGUACCUGCACUGCACCUUCACCUUGGAGCGCGUCAGCCCCAGCACCAGUGACCUGGCCUGCAAGGUGUGGGUGUGGCAGGUGGAGGGCGACGGGCAAAGCUUCAACAUCAACUUCAACAUCACCAAGGACACGAGGUUUGCUGAGCUGCUGGCUCUGGAGAGUGAAGGGGGGGUCCCAGCCCUGGUGGGUCCCAGUGCCUUCAAGAUCCCCUUCCUCAUUCGGCAAAAGAUCAUUACCAGCUUGGACCCGCCCUGCAGCCGGGGUGCCGACUGGCGGACCCUGGCCCAAAAACUCCACCUGGACAGCCAUCUCAGCUUCUUCGCCUCCAAGCCCAGCCCCACAGCCAUGAUCUUGAACCUGUGGGAGGCCCGGCACUUCCCCAACGGCAACCUCAGCCAGCUCGCGGCAGCCGUGGCCGGACUGGGCCAGCCCGAGGCCGGCCUCUUCACCGUGUCGGAGGCCGAGUGCUGAGGCCGGCCACACCCGCCACGCCUACACACUCUCACCAGCUUUGGCACUCGCCAGGGACGGGCAGAGCCGGACGGGGCCCUACCCUCAACACCAGGGAGAGCUGCUGGGACAGGCCGCCCCUGCCCCUCCUGGCCAAGGUUGUCCCUUAACGCUGCCCCUUCAGACCCUGCCCAAACUCCCAGCCCCCUCCUCGGCCUGCCUGGCCAGGCUGGCGCAGCCACCUGCUCACACUCGGCCCGGGCCCAGCCAGCCCGUGUGUGUGUGGAUGUUCGUGUGAUGCUACCUCUCCUCCUGGCCCUGGCCAGGAGCCGCAUGCACACGGGCACACAUGCACAUGCCGGGCUCGGGACGUGGCCCUGGACCUCCUGCCUAGGCUGGACCUUAUGCAAACAUUUCUGUGCCUGCUGGGUAGGGGCGCAUCUGAGGGGCCUGGCUCCAAGCCUGCGGGGAUCGAGGGCCAUAGCCGGAUGGGGGCAGCCCCUUCGAUUCAGGCACAAUGAUCAGCACACGGGCAUGUGCCCACGCAUGCCCUGUGUGAUCAUCUCACAUGCACCCCUUCCCGGAUCAUGCAGACACACCUCUGCCCCCCCCCACAUGCGCGCACACACACACACACACAUCCCAUGCUGGACCCCCAGAGGUUGCUCACAACUCUCACGCCCAGUGUCGGUACACAUCUGCCUCACACGUUGCCCACCUCCCACGCAGCCGGGGCCACCUGCCGGCUCCUCCCUGCCUCUCCCCUGCCCCCAGCCUCGAGGUGUCCUGCCUGGCGGGGCGUGUGAAUAUGCAAUGGAGUCCCCGGGCUGUACAAUGGCGAGUGUGUGUGCCGUGGCGUGCCCGUUCCGGGGCUGGCCAGCGCCCCUGUGCGGGGCCCUGUCGUGUGAAGCUCGUGUCCUGACUCUGUCUUAAGUGCAUUCGCGCACUUACACUUGGCCUUAUGUACACAGUCUUGCCCGGCCGCCGGGGCGCGUAGGGAUUUUAGCAGACGUGAAUGUAAAUAAAUUAUAUAUAUAUAUUGCUAA